AUGAACUCGUCCACUUCCAUCACUUCGCUCUUCUCCUUCACAAGCCCGGCGGUGAAGCGUCUGCUGGGCUGGAAGCAAGGCGACGAGGAAGAGAAAUGGGCUGAGAAGGCUGUGGAUUCCUUGGUGAAGAAGCUCAAGAAGAAAAAGGGAGCCAUGGAGGAGCUGGAAAGGGCCCUAAGCUGCCCUGGACAACCAAGCAAGUGCGUUACCAUCCCGCGCUCACUAGAUGGGAGACUGCAGGUGUCUCACCGCAAGGGCCUGCCUCACGUCAUCUAUUGCCGGGUUUGGCGCUGGCCCGACCUGCAGUCGCACCAUGAGCUCAAGGCGCUAGAUUGCUGUGAGUUCCCCUUCGGCUCCAAGCAGAAAGACAUCUGCGUCAAUCCGUACCACUAUCGACGUGUUGAAACACCUGUUCUACCGCCUGUCCUGGUUCCACGCCACAGCGAGUUCAACCCUCAGCACAGCCUACUGGCCAAGUUCCGCAACGCCUCGUUGCACAAUGAACCCCUGAUGCCGCAGAACGCAACCUACCCCGAGUCCUUCCCACCGCUCCCGGGCUCUUCAUCCUCCUUCCCAUCCUCGUCACCGUCCUCCACGUCUCACGGACGCUCGCCCCCCUCGCAUUGUUACCCCGAUUCUCCCGCCAGCUCCGCCGAGCCGGGUAGCCCAUACCACAUCGCGGCAGAGACUCCUCCUCCACCGUACAGCAUGAUGGAGUCAAGCCCCCAAGAGGACGUGAAACCCGGCAUCUCCACGGAAACCACCAAGCUGACCUUCUCCGCUCCACAUACAGGCAAGUUUAGCAUCUCUCACGGCAUGUAUAGCAAGAAAGUUUGGUCAUUUGGUCGUCAUCUUCUAGAUCUGCGUCCAGUGUGUUAUGAAGAACCCGAGUACUGGUGCUCCAUCGCCUACUACGAACUGAACAACCGAGUGGGCGAGACGUUUCACGCGUCGUCUCGCAGCGUACUGGUGGACGGCUUCACGGACCCCUCCAACAACAAAAACCGCUUUUGUCUCGGCCUGCUGUCCAACGUUAACCGUAAUUCCACCAUCGAGCAUACGCGGAGGCACAUCGGCAAAGGCUUACACCUGUACUACGUGGGCGGCGAGGUGUACGCAGAGUGCCUGAGCGACAGCAGCGUGUUCGUGCAGAGCCGCAACUGUAACUUUCAGCACGGAUUCCACGCCACCACCGUGUGUAAGAUCCCGAGCGGCUGCAGUCUGAAGAUCUUCAACAACCAGCUCUUCGCGCAACUGCUCGCCCAGUCAGUCAACCACGGCUUCGAGGUGGUCUACGAGCUCACCAAGAUGUGCACCAUCCGCAUGAGCUUUGUCAAAGGUUGGGGGGCGGAAUAUCACCGCCAGGAUGUGACCAGCACCCCUUGCUGGAUCGAGGUGCAUCUGCACGGGCCCCUUCAAUGGCUGGACAAAGUUCUCACUCAAAUGGGCUCCCCACACAACCCAAUCUCAUCAGUGUCCUAG